ACCACGCCUUAGAAGUAUUCAAUGUUUGAUUAGAAAAGAGGCGGUCGUGUUCAUAAUCGUUGGAUCUUAAGUGGAGUGUGUUUACGCAAAUUGUCGUUCUGUGUAACAUUGUCACAGUGUAGGUUGUUGCAGGUUUUUGUAUUCUUGCUGUCUUAAGCUGGAAUAACGAAGGUACCACUGUGUGGGGUUUAUAGAAAAGGCAUGGUUCAUUUCUUUUCACUCACUGAUAUCGCAUCGAAAACUGGGCCCAGCUGGGCAUCCGUGGCUCAUCGAGAAAUUCGUUUUAAUGGAGUAGACAUCGCCCGAUCUUUGACCGUCUUGUCAAGAAACGAACAGGCUUUUCGGUUAUUUUAUUUUCAGAUAAAUUACACGUUAGGGCGAAGAUAAAGAGAAAUGAUAGAAAGGGUGUCCGUGGUUGGUGGAGGGGCUCGCCGGCCGCACAGAGGUGUGCGCCCUGGGCCGACUUCUAAAGCAACUGUGCUAACUGUCUGAAAGCGUCUGAGGAAAGCACAGCCGGCACUGGGAUUCGAACCCGGGUACCUCCCAGUCUCGGCAUGACAUGGCCAGCAUGCUACCACUGAGCCAAGCGAGCUGAUACCGUAGGCAUGGAGGGUUUCAUUGCAGACGAUACUAUGAACCAAUCAGCGAGCCUGGACUGUUAGGGGCAGUGACAUGGUGCACAGUCAACGACAUGGAACAUCUCAAGUGCAGCGAAUUUUCUGAGGCCGUGCGGGUGAGCCGGGCCUUUUCGCUGCAGCUCAAGUGCAAGCGGGCUGCCUUCAAGGACCAGUGUAUGAAUUUCCUGGACAACGGUCAAGUGAACUUGGUGGAGCUGGACCCUGGGGAGGUGUACACCGCAGGCCGAUAUCACAGUGUAAUUCCCAUAGUGACGCAACGCUAUGGUCUAGGAUUCGAAGCCGGCACUUACUCGGUGGCCGUCGUUCACGCCAACAGCAACAUAAGUUCGCUGCACGACUUACGCAGUCGUUCCGUCUGCUUCUCGAGCGUGAGCGACAUGGCCGGCUGGGUGGUUCCCAUGGCGACCCUGGUGCAGGAGCGUGUGCUCCAAGUUACCGACUGCAACAACCUGGUGAAGAGCGCCUCGGCCUUCUUUGGCCCAAGUUGUGCCCCCAACUCACUGAUCGACAAACACAAUCCUACGGGCGAUAACCCGCAGAAGAUGUGUGCCCUCUGUGCGGGCCGACCUGGAGAGCGGUGCUCGGGUAACGACCCGUACGCGGGAUAUGCUGGAGCGUUUCAGUGUCUGGCCACCAGGGGAGAUGUGGCCUUCGUUGAGCAUACCACUGUGGACCAAGAGCCGGAAAAGUACCGCUACCGACUUUUAUGUCCCUCCGGCGGCACCAUGGGAGUGGACGAAUACCGCCAGUGCAACUGGGGCUUUGUGCCUCCCCACGUCAUCGUGACCACUUCAGACACACUGCCGGCCAAGCGCCAACUCUACCAAGACUUCCUGCAAAAAGCGCUGAAACUGUUUGGAACGCCUGCAGCCAAUUACGACGGCACGUGGUUCGGUCAGCCAAGUGACAACACCACAACGGAGAAGAAAACUGACAGGUUCUUUUUGCUCGAUAAUGGCCACCAUUACCAGAAUCAGCGAAACCUGCUAAUCCAGGACAUGACAGCACAGUUUGUCCCGCUUCUGGGCAAUCAACAGACUUUUACUGGCUACCUCGGUGAUGCAGUAGGACUGUUUGCGAAGCUGCGCAUAUGCCCCGUGCCUCCUGCUGUGCUGUGCGUAGUCUCUGAGAAGGAGAUGGAAAAGUGCCAGCGAAUGAGGACAGCAUUCAAGUCUCAGAUGCUGAAGCCUGACCUGAACUGUAUUCAAGGCCACAGCCAUCUUGGCUGCAUGCACAUGAUCAAUGAAGCUCUCGCAGACUUGGUGAUGCUAGAAGCAGGUGACAUCUAUCGUGCAGGAGAGAGGUUUGGUCUGGUCCCCAUCAUUGCCGAGCAGUACAACUUGCAUGAGCCCUUCUAUUACGUCGUCGCGGUGGCCAGACAGCCCGAUAAGGAAACUGACUUGCUCUACCUCAAGGGCAAGCGGUCCUGCCACACCGGAGUCAACCAAGCAGCCGGCUGGAUAGUACCGCUCAGCUUUCUUAUGAGCAACGAGCGGAUGCGCGCCUACGCGUGCGAUGCAACGCGCUCUGCCGCCGAGUUCUUCUCCAAGAGUUGCGUCCCCGGCGCUCUGUCGCGCGAGCAGGUUGCCUCGGAGCACAAGAACCUGUGCGACCUCUGCCACGGGAGCGGGCACAACUUCUGCGGCCGCAAUGCCGCCGAGCCCUUCUACGGCCACACGGGUGCUUUCCGCUGCCUGGUCGAGGGUGGAGGAGAAAUUGCCUUUGUCAAGCACACAACCAUCUUUGAAAAUACGGCCGGAAGAAACCGCAUGUGGUGGGCGCGCAACAUAAUGCCGUCCGACUUUGAAUUACUUUGCCGUGAUGGGAGCCGUGCACCAGAGGCCAGUUACGAGAAUUGUAACUUGGGAAAGGUGGCAUCAAACGCCAUGGUUACGAGUCCAAACAAAGCGCAGCAAGUGAUUGACGCGUAUAUCGAACUCUUUGUUUACGCGCAGCAGUUCUACGGAUCAAAGUACAGUGAGGACUUCACGUUUAAAAUGUUUGUUUCCGAAGAGAGUCACCCGGACCUUAUCUUCCAAGACUCAACUCAGCAACUGAAGCCUGUCCCAACCAACAGAAGAGGUUACAGGGAGUAUUUGGGACGAGACUUGUUACAAGCGGUGCAGCUUGUUCAAUGUUCGGGAGCAGCUGGAUUAAGGGCGGGACUUUUAGUUGCAGUCUGGCUCGUGCAUUUCAUGUGCCUCUAGAUACAAAACAAUGAGUGCCUUUUAUCUAGCAUUAUCGAUCGAUGCGGCACCCUUUUGCUACUAUCGAAUGCAGCUGACAAGUGCUUAGGGAGGAGUUGAAUCUACAAACACACUUUGGUUAGGGAGAGACUUUUUCGGGUUAAACCCAAUUCCGCCCGGUUAUUCCCCCCCCCCCCAAACUGAUCAAUUUGAGUUAAGCCAGAUUCCUCCCCAAAUUCCAGUCACCAUGAAAUCCUCGAGUGACGUUUCCACCGAAGAUGAAUAAAGGUCGCCACGUGUAACACACGUAAGAAUGGGUCACUUACGUUCCCAACAAUACACCCAUGUGUGUCAACACUGUGUAUGCCUUCAGGGAUUACCACUGGAAGGUCACGAUCACGCAACAACAACAACAACAAAAAAAGAUUAGGAAAGGGCUUUAUAAACGAGGAGAAACAAAGACACCCGAAGGCGCAAUUAUCGCCCGAUUUCUCCCCGAAUUAGAGGUCCCCCCCACCCGAUUCUGAUAAAGGCAUUUAACCCGAAAAAUCGCUCCUUAACUUUGGUUUACUACUCAAGUUGUUUCGUGACAUUUAUUGUUUGUAUUAUAUGUGACAACUUGCUCAACCUUGCAUUAAACAUUCCAUACAAUUCACUGAC